AUGUCGCUGCGGGUGUUGGAGUUGUUCAAAAAUGGAAUUUUAAUAAUUGACGAAAUUGAUGAAGUGCUGCAGCCUCUGAAGAGUGAGCUGCACUGGCCGCUGGGCCCGAGGCAGCCGCUGGACUUCACGGCCAAGCAGGGCUUUGCUGCUGCUGCGGGGCCGCAGCAGCAGCGGCCCGGGGCCCCGCUGCAGCUCGGCCAGCAGCAGUCCGCUGCUGCUGCUGCCGCUGCUGCCGCUGCUGCUGCUGCUGCCGACGGCGUCACCGAACCCCUCAUUUCCCCCAGACAAACUGAACAGCCGCUGCAGUGGCUCUUCGAAGAUGACGAGGGCAUGCGCUGGCAGCUUCCCUGGUUUCUCCUCGACGCAAUUUUCUACUUCUACAGCGGGAAAACAACUGUUUCCUGCACUGGCACUGCGGAGACUUGGCGGCUGCUGGGGCUGAUUCGGCGGCAGCUGCAGCAGGGAGUGCAGCAAAAGGCGCUGCAGCAAAGUCCCCAUUUGCUGCUGCUGUCCCCCGCCUGGUACCACGACAACCUCAAGCCGCUGCUGGCCCCCUGGCUGGGCCUUUUCUUUCGCCUCAAGAAGCUCACGGGCCUUUCCCAGGAGCAGCAGCAGCAGUACAUUCUGCUGCCGCUGCACAUUUGCCCCUCAAACCCCGCUGCAGGCUCGCUGGAAACUGGGGGGGGCCUCUAUUCUGGACUUUUUGAUGCAGUGGAAAGGCUGCCAGAGUUUCACUUGAAGACUCUGAACUUGGCUCGGGAGUGGCUGUGUUCUUUGCUGCCGCAUGCGCUGCAGAAGGCCAACAGAGUGCACUACGGGCUGCUGACGUCUGAGGAGGUGGAGGAGGGUCUGUUGUUGGGGGCUUUGUCUCGGAGUCGGCAGCUGCUGGCAGUUCCGUUUCUCGGCAAAGAUGCUCCCUCUCCAGCUUCGGAGUUCUCCCACCCCGAUGUCUUAAUAGGCCUCACAAUUCUGGCCUACAGGUACCAGGGGCUGCGCCGCGAGGACUUGGGGGCCCUCCUGGCGGACCAGCUGGCCCGCCAGGAGGCCUCGGGGGGCCCCCCCGCCUCGAGGGCCCCCGCCCGCGAAUUCGCGGACUGGGUGUGGGCUGCAGGCGGCAGAGUCCGCGGGCUGCACCGCGUGCGGCCUCGGGCCCACGAGUGGCAGCAAGACCUCGCCGCCCUGGCCAGCGACGCCCGCCGCCAGCUGCUGCUGCUGCAGCAGCAGCAGCAACAGCAGCAGCAGCAGCAGCAGCAGGGGCUGGGCCGAGAGCGGGCGGACCCUUUUGCGGGGAUCGAAGAGACCGGCGGGAACGCGGGGGAAGACGGAGGGGAGGCCCGACGGCCCAGCGAGUCGCUGGCGGGCAGUGCAGCCGCUGCAGCAGCAGCAGCAGCAGCAGCAGCAGCAGCAGGGGAGGAGUUUGAGAAGAUGUACCCGCUGGAGAUGGUGAGUCUGACGGACCGGGAGCACCUGGAGUGCGUGUACAGGCUGCUGCGGAAGGAGCCGCUGGCCAUAGCCGCCUUUUUGUUUCGAAAAGUAAUGCCAUCAGUUCUUGAACACUCUGGCUUUCAGCUGUCAGCUUCUGGCCAAGAGCUGGGGGGCGACAGCCUGUUUGGAGUGCGUCUGGGCUUCUCGGGGACCCCCUCGGAGUUGCUGCCAGCAGAAAUGGGCUGCUGCUGCUACGAGGCGGGGACCGACGGGCAGCUGCUGCUGCUGCUGAGCUCGCCGGCCGUGGUCUCGCUGGAAGUGCUGCCCACAAACUGGACCGUGGCUUCUUUGCUGCAGCGCGUGGCUGCGCAGCAGCAGCCCCCCGUGCAUGCGCUCGUGGACGCGGGGGCCCUCGUCUCCGGCCUCAGCAACUUGCAAGUGGCCCGCGCGCUGCUGCAGCACGGGCUGCCCCACGAGGGGGUGGUCUUCCUCGACAGCAAAGACCGCCAAAUGGUUCUUUGCAGAAACGGCGGGCAGAUCCUCCAGCUGGCCCAGUGCGGCAUUGCCGUGGACAAACGCUUCUCCUUCUACGACCACGACAUACGGCAGGCGGCGGACGGCAGGGCGUUUUUGACAGUGGGCAAAGACUGCACUUUUCGAGAUGUGGCCCAAGGGGCUUUUCGCAUGCGGGGACUUGGAAGGGGACAAACUUUGCAUUAUUUAAUCCCUCCUGGAGUUGCUGCUUUAAUAGAGAAGCACGCGAGUCUAGUGGGGGCCACUUUGCCUUCGGUCCCGCUCUUCCCGCCGCCGCCGCCGCCGCAGCAGCAGCAGCAGCUGCUGCUGCAGCAGCCGCAGCAGCAGCUGGCCCCCGGCUGCUCCCUGCUGGGCGAGAUUUGCGGCUGGCUCGUCUCGCGGCAAAUCGCCCAGGAGUGUCUGCAGCAGCGGCUGCUGUGCAUGCAAAGCGCAUGCAAUGUAUGGAGGAAAGCAGCUUUGGCCAUUUUGAAGGAAACGCAUGCAUCUCUGGGGACUGAAGCUGCUGCCCCACAGACGCAGCAAGCUCUUGGGGUUUUUCUCGAGUCUCUAGACUUCUCUUUGCCUGCUUCUGUCCCUCUGUCUCUGCCCCUCAGCUUCCGAAUUCGGCAGCUCGCGCUGCAGCACGCCGACUUGCUGCAGGCGCCCGAAGCAGCAGCAGCAGCAGCAGCAGCAACGCCUCGAGCGCGCGCCGCCAAAACACCCCAAGCAGCAGCAGCAGCAGCAGCUGCUGCUGCUGCUGCUUCAGCGCAAGCUGCCCCGAUCCUCGUGGGCAAAGCCCUCAUCGACAAGCUGAUCUCAGAGCUGCAGGAAGAAGAAGCAGCAGCAAGAAGACACGCAGCAAAAGGAGAGAGCCGAGACAUAGAUGGAGAUGCUCUAAGGAUGGAGGGCCUUGAAGCUGAAAUCGAGGGGGAGGAGCAGCAGCAGCAAGAAGAGGAGCAGGAGCAGCAGCAAGAGAUCGAGCAGGAGAAGCAGGAGGAAGUGGUGCGGGAAAGCGAAGAAGCAGCACCUCUUAACUACACGCGAGCUGAUGAGGCCCCCCGGCCUUGGCUGCUGAAGACUUUGUCGCUGCCGCCUCAAGAAGAGACUCAAGGCUUUUACCCUUCUGCGCGUUUUUCAGUGGCCUCGGCGCUGCAGCAGAAGCUGGCGCGCAUGCAGCAGCACCGGGGCUCGGGCGCUGCAGCAGCAGCAGCAGCAGCAGCAGCAGCCGUCGCAGGCGGCCCCGUCUCAGGCGCAGCAACCGGGCUGCCCUUCCCCCCCUACCUCCUCAUCAGCAGCAACUACUACAGAGGGGAAUGGGUCCUUUCUUCUGCUCCUCGCCGCCUCAAGAAUGUCAUUAUUGCAAUGCAGUGGCUGCCGGACUGGGAGGAGGCCCUGGGGGGGCCCCCCUGGGGGGCCCCCCCGGGGGCCCCUCCCCAGGGGGCCCUCCGCCGCAGCCCCGACGGGCUCAGUGCAGCGCAGCAGCAGCAGCUGCAGCAGGCCUUCCAGAGCUUCGCUGGAGAAGAAACCAAGACACUUGCUGAGAGAGACUUGCCAGACUUUCUCGGGGCGCUGCUGCUGCCUGCUGCUGUUCCUGCUGCUGCUGACGCCCUCUGUGCCUACGUCAAGGCUCUCGUGCUGCAGCAGCGCGCAGCUGCGGGGCACCCAGCUGCUCCCCCUGCUGCUGCUGCUGCUGCUGCUGCUGCUGGGAGUCCUUGCAGGGCAGCAACGCCUCCAGCAGCCAUUUGCAGGGACACGCCGGGGCUCCCGCAGCCCUCAGUUGCAUGCGCGCCGCUGCCUGCUGCUGCUGCUGCUGCUGCGAAGCAGCCGCAGCAACUGUCCGUGCUGCAGAACCUGUGGCAGCCCCUGCCUCCCUCAAAUCAGCAGCAGCAGCAGCAGGCUGCUGAUCCUCUAGCCGAUUUAUUUGUGUCUCUUUCGCAAACAAGAGACAGCAGCAGCAGCAAGGCCACAGACUCUGCUGCCUCUCUUCCCUUUGUCCCUUCUUCGUCCCGCAGCUCAAAGGAGCCAAGCGACUUGCUAGGCCUCUUUGAAAUGCCUGCUGCGCCCUUCGAGCAGCAGCAGCAGCAGCAGCAGCAGCAGCGCAGCCUGCUCUCCUCCUCGUCCUUUCCCCCCGCGGCUCGAGAGGCAUCUGCAGCCCCAGCAUUCUCACUCCAAAUGCCGCCGCAGCAGCCCCUAUCCCCGCAGCAGCAGCAGCAGCCCCUAUCCCCGCAGCAGCAGCAGCAGCCCCUAUCCCCGCAGCAGCAGCAGCAGCAGGAAGAGCUGCACUUCACUUUGGCGGAAUUGGCAGCAGCACUCGGGAAGUCGCCGUUCUGCGCUGAGCAGCGAGGCCGCUAUUUUGUGGUUUUAACUCUUGCAGAGGGCGAGGCUGUUCGCGCUGCGCUGCAUGCGCGGCAGCGGCAGCAGCAGCAGCAGCAGCAGCAGCAGCAGCAGCAGCAGCUGCAGUCUCUGGUGACGGGACACCGCGUGGCUGUGUGUCUGCACAACGUGACUGCCAGCUUCGCCGUGGUGGAUGGGUCUCCGCUGUUUCACAGGCGGGAGGAGAAAGUUGCUGCUGCAGCAGGACUGCAGCAGCAAACGGCGCACGCCUGCCUGCGCUUCCUGGACAGCAGCUUGCUGUACUCCGAGCCGCAGCUGCUGCUGCUGCAGGGGGUCCUUGCUGCAGUGCCUUGCAAGGACCGGCAGGACUUCUUUUUCUCGAUUCGCCGCUGCAGGCGGCGGCAGCAAAACGUGGCCUGGCAGCAGCAGCCAGUGGCCCGGCUGCUGGCAGCAGCAGAGGGGGGCCCCCAGCUGCUGCAGCACAGGGCCCUCGUGGCGCGGCUGCGGGAGCGCCUCAGGAAGAAGCGGCUGCUGCCUUCAGAAGCUUUCAGGUUGUUUGAUGUUCUUAAUCGGGGGCAGCUGACUGAGGCGCAGCUUGCUGCUGGCAUGAAGUGGCUGGGGCUGCAGCUGCAGCAGCAGCAGCAGACUCACGUCUGCAGGCACUUCGACAUAGACGGCGACGGCUUCAUCAGCCUCAACGACUUCCUGCUCACCGUGGGGCAGAUCGGCGGGGAAGCAGCAGCAGCUGCUGCUGCUGCAGCAGCAAACAGCGACGCUGCUGCAGCAGACGCCGGCGCUGCAGCUCAGGCGGCCGGCGCGCCGGCUGACCUGCAGCUCCGGCAGCAGCGCAGCGAGUCCUUCGACGACGGCGCAGGCGCUGCAGCAGCAGCUGCUGCUGCUGCUGCUGCGCUCUCGGGGGACGCCUCAACUGCAGCAGCAAAUCACCAGUCGCUGCUGCAGCAGUGGGGAGUCAAAGAAACGCUGCCUGCAGAGUUGGUGGGUCGACUCAAGUUCCGGCUGCAGCCGCACACUUCAUUUGACAGGAUUUGGGUGGGCCGGCUGCCGUGCGCCAACUGCAGCAGCAUCAGCAGCAGCAGCAUCAGCAGCAGCAGCAUCAGCAGCAGCGGCAGCAGCAGCAGCGGGAGCGCAGUGUUCUCGAUUUGGGCCCCCAAGCAGCUGGAAGGCAGGCACCGCGGCAUGAUGCGCCGCAACAGAGAGCGAGUGCCUUUGGGCCACUUCAUUUGCCUGGGCAGCGACAUCUCGAAGGCGCAGCAGCAAGCAGCAGCAGCAGCAGCAGCAGCAGCAGCGGGCGCCGGGGGGGCCCCCCUCAUUCUCGAGGCCACAGACUCUGGCUGCUCAUCUAUGGCCGAGAGCACAGAGCUCUCAAGAGCUUUGGAUUGUCUCUUUCCUCUUCCCGUCAAGUACAAAGUUUUGUGGCGGGAAAGUGUGUCCCAGGCAAUGCUGCUGCUGAACCCUCCGGAGGGUUCUGGGGCGGGGCCGGGGGGCCCCUCGGGGGGCCCCCCGGGGGGGCCCCCAGGGCCCCCCGGCGGCGGGGGCCCCCUCACCUUGUGGGCCCCAGUGCCCCCCUCUUCCCUCUUCGUGGCCGUGGGAAUUGUUGCCACAAAAGGCAAUGAGACUCCGCCGCCAAAUGCUGUGCGCUGCGUCCCCGCAAAGUGGGUUCACCAGGCGGGGGCCUCCCUGCGGCUGGCCGAAGUCGCGGAGGGGGGGCCCCCCUCGAGGGGCCCCUCGAGGGGCCCCUCGAGGGGGCCCCUCAGCAAGCUGGCCCUGUGGCAAGUGGGGAGCAUGCGGCUCCUGGGGGCCACUCUCGAGGCCGCAGACGGGUCCCUGCACAGAAGCGGCGUCAGCUGGGCGGACUUUUUGAGUGCGGAGUUUCGCCUGAGACCCGCAGCCCCCGCCUUGUCCAGUGGUUACGUUCCCCCGGCCAUUGGCUCUGGGGGGGGCCCCCCGGGUGGUCCACUGGACGUGCUCGACAGCGCAGACGCAGCAGCAGCAAACGAGGCCCUCAACCCCACACUUCACAGGGCCAACGCGCUGCUGCCGGACAUCUCCACUAAGAAGAGCAGCGUCUGGCGCAGACACUGGGGAAACAAAUGCAGCAGCAGCAGCAGCAGCAGCAGCAGCAGCAGUAGCAGCAGCAGUACCAGCAGCAGCAGCUGGGCAGAAGUCAACAGCGACGCAGCUGCAGCAGCCCACAGGUUCGGCAGCAGCCCCGAGCCGACAGCAGCGGCGGCGCCAGCAGCAGCAGCCCCCCAGCAGCAGCAGCAGCAGCACUACCUACGCUCGCUGCGUCGAGUGGGGUGUCCGGGUGUCUCUCCAGCUGCUGCUGCUGCGCACAUGAAUAUUCCUUGUCUAUUUCGUGGGCCCUUAGCGUCUUUUAUUAAGCUUUUGAAGCCGACAGUCCCAGCGAAGAUGGUGGCCAUAGUAGAGGUCAAGGCCAGGGAAAUCUUGGUUUGCUUGCUUGGCCCAUUUGCGGUGUACAUACACCCCACACCCCCGCUCGUGGCUUCGGACAGCCUUAGCAGGCAGCAACACCCCGCUGCUGCUGCAUCUGCUGCUGCUGCUGCUGCUGCUGCUGCUGCUGCAGACUCUCGGGGGAACCCGACGGUGGAGGUGGACCUGAAGACGGAGCAGGGCUGUUUCCGCGCUGCAGUUCCCUCGGGAGCUUCCACGGGCAUAUACGAGGCCCUGGAGCUCCGCGACGGCGACAAGACCCGCUACAACGGCAAGGGCGUGUUGAAGGCGGUGGAGAACGUGAACAAAGUGCUGGCCCCCGCACUUGUGGGCAAAGACUGCCGCGAGCAGCGGGCGCUGGACCGGCUGAUGGUGGAGGAGCUCGACGGCAGCCAAAACGAGUGGGGGUGGAGCAAAUCGGUCUUAGGCGCAAACGCGAUAUUAGCAGUUUCAAUGGCCCUCUGCAGGGCCGGCGCUGCAGCCCAUGGGAUUCCUCUUUAUAAAUAUGUGGCCCAGCUGGCUGGCCGCGAGGGGGGCCCCUUUGUGCUGCCAGUGCCUUGCUUUAAUGUACUAAAUGGGGGCAAGCACGCGGGGAACAGUUUGGCCAUGCAGGAGUUCAUGGUGGCGCCCGUGGGGGCGGAGAGUUUCCGCGAGGCGCUGCGCAUGGGCGCGGAGGUCUACCAGGCGCUGCAGCGGCUGCUGAAGGCCAAGUUCGGCUUGGCAGCCACCAACGUGGGCGAUGAGGGGGGCUUUGCCCCGGACAUUAAGGACCCCAGGGAGGCUUUGGGGCUGCUGGUGGAGGCCAUUAAGGCCGCGGGCCACGAGGGGAAGGUCAAGAUUAUGGCGGACGUGGCGGCUUCGGAGUUCUACUGCAAGGAGGCCAAGAGCUACGAUUUGGACUUCAAGAGCAGCAGCAAGGACGCACAUAAGGUCUUGACUGGAGAACAACUCAAGGACCUGUUCAAGGAGUGGUCGACGGAGUUCCCGAUAGUGUCGAUAGAAGACCCGUUUGACCAGGACGACUUCAGUUCUUACGCGUCGCUGACCUCCGAGAUUGGCGGCAAAGUGCAGAUCGUGGGCGACGACCUCUUAGUCACAAAUCCCGCGCGCAUCCGCAAAGCCCUGGAGCACAAGGCCUGCAACGCGCUGCUGCUGAAGGUGAACCAAAUCGGCUCUGUCUCGGAGGCCAUCGAGGCCUGCAAGUUGGCCCAGGCCAGCGGCUGGGGGGUGAUGGUGAGCCACAGGUCUGGCGAAACUGAAGACUCUUUUAUAGCCGAUCUCGUGGUGGGCCUCCACACCGGCCAAAUCAAAACGGGGGCCCCCUGCAGGUCCGAGCGCCUUUGCAAGUACAACCAGCUGCUGCGCAUUGAGGAGCAGCUCCAGGGCCGCUGCACCUACGCAGGAGAGAAAUUCAGAAACCCCUCCGCCUAA